UAAGCAGAGACGGUUUUGACGUAAGGAAGGAAGGAGUAGCCUCUCUCCAAGAUGGCGGCGACCAUAGACAACAGCAAUGCUGCUCAGGCGACAAAGAGAAAGCACCUCGGAAUCCCCGAAGCCGUGUUUGUGGAGGAUGUCGACUCUUUUAUGAAGCAGCCGGGGAAUGAGACGGCAGAUUCAGCUCUGAGGAAGCUGGACGAACAGUACCAGAAAUAUAAAUACAUGGAGCUCAAUCUGUCUCAGAAGAAGCUCAGGUUGAAAAGCCAGAUCCCACAAAUCACACAGACGCUAGAAAUCCUGCGACACAUGCAGAAGAAAAAGGAGACCACAGCGCCCAUGGAGACACACUUCCUGUUGGCUGACAAUGUUUACUGCAAGGCCUCAGUGCCGCCCACCGACAAAGUCUGCCUAUGGCUAGGGGCUAACGUCAUGUUAGAGUACGACAUUGAUGAUGCCCAGGCUCUCCUAGAGAAGAACCUAUCCACGGCAUCUCGUAACCUAGAGACACUCGAGGAUGAUCUGGAUUUCCUGCGCGACCAGUUCACUACCACCGAAGUCAACAUGGCACGAGUCUACAACUGGGACGUGAAGAGAAGGAGCAAAGAAAACCUCCUGAAAUCAGCAGACAAGUCUUAAUAUCGACAGGACAGCGUCCAUGUCCUCCUUCUGCUAACUAUCUUCUCCUUUGUUAAUACAACAAACACCCCCAAUUCAUGUGUAUGUUCACCCCAGGGCUUGGCAGAUAAGAGGGCAUGCUUGAAAUAUUUUUAAAAGUUGUAGUGCGUUUGAUUUAAGUCAAUGUGAUUUAUUGAAUCAAGCACACUUUAUAACUUUUAUUUUGAAUAUGCCCUCUAUUAAGUCAGGCUCAAACCUCUACCACUACUGUUUUCUGUUGAUUUGUUACUUUUAAAGUAUUUUUUCAAGUAAAAACUAACAAAAAAAACAAAGGCAACCAGGCACUUUUUGUAUUCUUUUUAACGAUUAAAGUAUGUUCCUGUUAUCUUUGGCAGAUUUAUGCAGAAUGAGGGUUCCUCGCAUCGUCUUUUCUUUCCCUGCAUUUUUCCCUCCUUACUGACCUGCACUUCCUCAACUUGCAACAGCGUUCACACAUAUGGGACUUUUUACUUGAGUAGUUCGUUCUUGAAACACGUCCAGUUGCCGUUAUACUCCGUAGAAUCAGACUUGUAGGAUCACAAAGAUCUCAACAGAAGAAGAAUAGAGAACAAAACUUUUUCAGCCUCGUGGCUCCAGUUUUUACUUCAGAGGAAUCAACUCCACACCUGCUGCUCCUCCUCUGUCCCUCAACUUUUCCACAUCAAACCAUCUCUUCCUCGUCCUCCUCCUCUCCUCUUAGCCGCUGUUCUGUCUGUAUUUAUUUGUCUCUCACUGUAUUCAUUAAACAAUGAAUGAAGUAAAAGAAGAACAUUUGGGCAAAGAGACGAGACCUUGACCUGUUCUGUGUGAUUAUUCUUCUGAGGAGAAGACCUAACCGGUUAGAAACAGUGUUAGAAGUCAAGUACCUGCAGUUAAGAAUAAACAGUACAUAAGUGCAACAUUUAUUUACAGUAACUGCAGAUAAAGGUUGCCAGCAUGGAGGGCCACAAGUGUCAUGCAAAUAAGUAUCAAGCAUCAAUUGGAAAUAAAAACAGGAAUUAAUAUAAGGUUUUAAAAAUGAGUUAUGCUAUAAAUUGAAUACAUUCCUAAAACUAUGAACUUAUUGAUUUAUUUUAUUUUUAUUUGACCUAUAAUUGGAUGGAUUUACAUUCAUUUGUAUAAACGUAUAUUCAUUUCUUGUAUAUACAUUUUUAUUGACCUCAAUUCAUGAUUUAUAAUUAUUUGUUCAUUUGACACUUGCUUUUGUUCCUUUUAUAUAGUUAAAAGAUUGUCUUACUCUCGGUUCAUCCCUCCUGUUCUUCCUCCUGGAGCUUUGUCUACAACGUUUCCCUCUCCACCUGAAAAGCCCCCAAUUUCCCUUUUAUUCAUCUUGUCCUCUUCCUGCUUUAAACUUUGGAUGAGAAACCUAAAUGAGCAUGCUGUUAGAGGAAACACUGUAAGGCAAUUUAGCUGAAAGUAUUUGUACAGAAAGCUUCUUCUAGUGUCCUCGCUGCUCCCACCCAGUGGUAAUGUGUGAAACUACAGUUCAACAAACUACAUUAAAAAAGCCAUUUGGCAUGGUGUGUA